AGGGGGAGGAAGGACGCCUUCUACCAGGUCAGCAGAGCGCAGAGACUGCACUGCCUGCACCCGGUCGCAGGAGCAAUAGCAGCCUCAGCAACCGUAGCAUGAAGGAGUGUUAACGCAGGGGCCUCUACACAGGAAAUCCAGAAGAUACUUUCCCCACCGCCGGGGGGGUUUGGCUGCAGAGGCUGCAAAAGAACCGUGGGAGGCUACCACAAGCCUACCAACGUGCCGCAAUGCUCACUCCCACCAGGCGCGGAAAGUCAGGCCAACAGGUUGGACGGCGACUACGGCGCCUGCCAAGGGCUAAAAAGCUCUUUGCCCAGGAGGUGGGACUUAACUAGGUAGUGGGCGGGGCUAGUUGGUUGGAAUCCGAACGCGGUUGUCGGGCCGCGUGGAGGGCGGAGCGCGCGUCUCCCAAAGUGGGGCCAGCGACCCGCAGCUUCGGCGUCCUCUGCUCGCAACCUUACUUUGCCGGCCGGCAGUUCUGCUGCAUAGUUUUGCCAAAGCAACGAGUCUUAGUGAACAGAAUUUGCUCACUUUUCUGGUAUAACCAGUUCUGAUGGCUGGGAAUAAAGGAAGGGGACGUGCUGCUUAUACAUUUAAUAUUGAAGCAGUUGGAUUUGCCAGAGGUGAAAAGUUACCUGAUGUAGUAUUGAAACCACCCCCAGUAUUUCCUGAUACAGAUUAUAAACCAGUGCCACUGAAAACAGGAGAAGGUGAAGAUUAUAUGCUGGCCUUAAAACAGGAGUUUAGAGAAACAAUGAAAAGAAUGCCUUAUUAUAUAGAAACACCUGAAGAAAAACAAGAUAUUGAAAGGUAUAGUAGAAACUAUAUGAAAAUAUACAAAGAAGAAUGGGUACCAGAUUGGAGGAGACUCCCAAGGGAGAUGAUGCCAAGGAAAAAAUGCAAAAAAGCAGGCCCAAAGUCCAAAAAGGCAACAGACGCUGGCAAAGUCACUUCAGUCACUAAUACUACUGAUGUGUUGAAAAAAAUUGAGGAAUUGGAAAAGAGAGGUGAUGGUGAAAAAUCAGAUGAGGAAACUGAAGAGAAAGAAGGAAACAAAGAGAAAAGUAAAGAAGGUGAUGAUGAUGAAGAAGAUGACGCUGCAGAACAGGAGGAGUACGAUGAAGAGGAGCAAGAGGAGGAAAAUGAUUACAUUAAUUCUUACUUUGAAGAUGGAGAUGAUUUUGGUGCAGACAGUGAUGACAACAUGGAUGAAGCAACCUAUUAGCCAUAAUAUUUCUCAAAAAAUUUUUAUGAUAACAGUUUCUGAACAUUCGGACAGGAUUGUUUUCUUUAUUUCUGAUAAGGAAUAAGUAAGUAUUCUAUUUUUGUUCCUGUUGUGUUGGACAGUUGUUACCAAAACUUGUAGAACCGUUUUGUUUACAUAGUAGUUAGCUUACAGAUUAACCUCUGACACUCUGACAUUCCCUGUAAACACCUCUGUCAUCCUUUUAUGUGUUUAAGUGGAUUUUUUAAAUAAUUAUUUGGAUUCCUUUGUGCCUAAAGAGCCUUUGCAUCUCUCAGUCUAUGCAUUCAUACUUGAACAAAUUAUUCUUGUUUAACUUUUGAUCUUUUGUGAAACUAUUUACUAGUCAUCAUAAUGGAUUUCUGUAGUCUAAAAUUUGAUUUAAUACUGCACAUGGAGCACUUUAAAAAACAAAGAAACUUGAAAAUAACUUUAGUUUUACAUGCUAUGUUGUGUGCUACUACAUUAUGACUAUUUAAACCUACCUGAGCUCUUACAAGUGCAAAGUUUGGAGAUUGGAAGUUUUAUGAUUGACAGCAAAUUUACCAGGAAAGGGGCCUAGCUGAGCUAUAUAAAUUUUGUAGCUCACGUCUCAACCAGUUGAAAGUGACAUUCACCUGGGGGAAUAGUAUAAAUACUUGAAUGUGGGGCUGGCUUCAUUCAUACAAUAUAUGAAUUAAUCAUCCUACUGUAAUAAGCUUGACAUCUUCAAAUAGUUGGACUUAAUGAAAAAUCAGAGAGACAUUUUAUUUAACUUUGUAACAUACAAAAAUGUGAAGUAAGUUCUAGUCAUAUAAAUUUCACUACAGGAUGCAUAUGUGUAAUGUCUGAGGUGUAGUAGCCUCUGUUGUGUUUCACUCGACUUACAAACUGUACAAUUGAUUUAUAUAAUAAUGCAGGAUGAAACUCAGGUAAUUUUAAAAUUAAAAUUAGUCUUCUGUUUUUUUUUUUUAACUUAAAAGCUAGCCUCCCUCCCGUCUUUUUAUAUUUUGGGGGAAAAUACCUAAAAAUCUCAGCCUCCAAAGACUGACAGAUGCCAAAGAUAUUCAUGGAAAUUCAUAUUAUAUAUUAUAAAAAGGAUUUAUUAAUAUUACUCACCAAAAGAAAUAAUUUAUUUUCCGCUUUAGAAAAUGCCGUCCACGACCUGCUAACCUGAGAAUCAGAGACCCAGAUUCUAUUUCUACCUGUACUAUUAGACUCAACCUUGAAACUGAGCUUGGUUUUCUGUGCCUUAGUUUCUCCAUUUGUAAACAAUUUCCUAUAAAAAUUGUUUAAACACCAAUCAGAAUUUUCCACAUAUAUUCAUUCUCUUACCUUACAGAAAUCAUCAAUUCUUAAUUUAAAUUUGGUUACCACCCUAAAAAAAAUUGUAGCUUGGAAAAUGACAGAAAACGUAGCUUUAAGAAACAAACAUGUUUUCCUCACGAAACAUACUAUAAUUUGAUUUUCGCAUCUUAUAGUGGGGAAAAUUGAAGAAAAUAUAAAUUGUCUUGUGCCAUUUUGUAAUACGACUUUCUCAGGAAAAAGAUCACUUCCAGUGGCAAAUACUUCCUCGAAUAAUUUAAGGCAGUGUGAGGACGAUUAUUAGCUUAGUGCUGUGUUGACUAUAUGUGAAUUACUUCUUUUUUAAAGGAGCUUAUCAAAAAUUUAAAAGAUUCUAAAUGGAAAACAUUAAUAAAACAAGUGUACUUUAAAGUAGCAAUCUCCUGUACUUAGAGUAGAAACCUCACGAAGUUUUCAGUAGUUAUGGACAAAUAAAGUCAUUUGGGAUCGCUAAUUAAUGUACGUGUUUUAUUCUCUCACCUCUUCGGUGUUGUUGUUCUUAGGUGCUAUGGAGUCGGUUCUGACUC